AUGGAAUUAGCCUGCUGCGAUCGGUCGGCCUGCAAAUCAACGCAAUCCUACCUUCCUUCACGUCAGAAUUCUGUAAUUUGUCAAAAUUCGAACUGUUAUCGAGGCCUUCAAUCUCCUUGCUCUAGCUCAACUCCUUUUGAUUAUCGCGUGGAGACCUAUCGCAUUCGAGGUCAGUGCAAUCGCCCCAGACUAUCGGUCUCUGGUCCGAGUCUUUCUGAAGCUCGCUCCUUAACUUCCAUAGACAGUGGCGUUGUAACUAACUUACACUCGGGCUCCAAUUCAACUCAUCCUCAUGUUUCCCAAGCCAACCGGCUGACCUCUGUCUAUUUAGAGACUACUGACAUACAGUCCAGACCUACUGCCUCUGAUGCAUUCAGGCUGGCGCAUUCAGGUAUCACUUCUCCGGAUCAGGCAUCGAUAGAAGAAGAAUACACAGAGAAGCAGACGGAGUUGGCAGCAGUGGAUGAAGUUGAACAAUCCCUCGAGAGAGAGGGCGAUUUGUGUGAUUUGGAUCUGUCACACCCAAUGAUAGCGUCUUCCUUGGCCUCUACCAGCUUACAGGCGCUCACCUCCUCCCACCUCGACUUGACUUCAGCUCUGGCCAUCGAAGACACAUGUACAGCCCGCCUCGUCAACAGCCUGAUGAGCCAACAACGACAUCGGUCGCGUUCGGCUGCCAAGCACCGGUAUCGAACCGGUUCAUCCAAGCUUGGCCUGCCAGUGAUCUCGCCGCUUCUGCUUGUCGGCCCAACGAACCGGCUUUCGAACGAGGUUACAAAUGAUCCUGAGACCUGUUGUCCGAUGUGCUGUAGCCUAUGCAGCCCAUCUGUCCCGGCGAACGACUUCGCCAUGGACUCACUUCUGCCACCACCGCCAUACAACACGGUCACAGGUCGUGACUCUGGUCACGGAAUACCGUUCGCCUCAAAUCCUACACCGAAGGCGACUUCAGAGCCGCAUCAUCAGCUGGCCCCAUCUUUGGCUGUGCGCUUUGAGGCAUCAAGUCACUCGCCAGCUUCCAAAGCUCGUCGAUUGCCCACCAUUUCGCAAUCAACUCAGGCGAAACAGGUGGUUUAUGCCAUCACCUCCGGACUGAUUGGUCGGAGUCGAAGCCUGGCGUCGGAAGACACCUCGAGUAUCGUGGAUUCAGGAGUCUCUUCGGCCUAUGACCAGCUGCCUGCAGCACAGACGGGCCAAGUUGCCGUUUUGGAGAACACCAGUCGAGCGUUGACUAGCCUUCUAAGGUAG